GAUUUGUGAGCAAAUCAGACCCAACCCCUCCAGCCAAUCCGGUUCCGAGAGAAUACGAUUCUAACAUUCGCAAAGUGAUUCUAGUGGAGUGUGGAAGUUGACCGGUGAAGCUCCUGCUCGCGACAGUUAGUUUGGGUACUCUUGAUUUUGCUAUAUUCCGGGUUCCUUGGGUCACUCCACUUUCAGUUUCUAUUGCAUUUCGGUUUCAGUUCUCAUAGCCAAGAUGUUCCGCGCAGUAAAACUAGCUGGCCGGCUACAAAAAGCCGCAUAUUCGUCAUUGCCAGCCCCGCAACCUAACCCGGAGGUUCUCUACACUGGCUUGUUUAUCAAUAACGAAUGGCACAAAAGCAAAAGUGGCCGAACUUUCCCAUCCAUCGACCCAACUACCGAAAAAGUUAUCGCUGAAGUCCAACAUGCAGACAAGACUGAUGUAGAUAUUGCGGUAGCCGCUGCCAGGAGUGCCUUCAAGCUUGGAUCACCAUGGCGCAGAAUGGAUGCCUCUGAGCGAGGUAAUCUCAUUAACAAGUUGGCAGAUCUUAUGGAACGCGAUCGUACCUACCUAGCUAGCUUGGAAACUUUGGACAAUGGAAAGCCAUUCGCUAUGUCCUACAAUGUUGAUGUCCCAAUGUCCAUUAAGAAUCUUCGCUACUUUGCCGGUUGGGCAGACAAAAAUCACGGUAAAACAAUCCCAAUGGAUGGAGAUUUCUUCGCAUACACCCGUCACGAACCUGUAGGAGUUUGCGCUCAAAUCAUCCCCUGGAAUUUCCCGAUUUUGAUGUUGGCAUGGAAAUUCGGACCAGCUUUAGCCACUGGAAACACAAUUGUAUUGAAGCCAGCCGAACAAACUAGCUUAACCGCUUUGUACAUUGCACAAUUGACAAAGGAAGCAGGUUUCCCAGAAGGUGUAAUCAACGUCAUACCAGGCCACGGCGACACAGGAUCUGCACUUACAAUGCACCGUGAUGUAGACAAAGUUGCUUUCACAGGAUCUACUGAUGUCGGCAAGUUGAUUCAAAAGGCGUCAGCCGAAAGCAACUUGAAGAGGGUUACUUUGGAAUUGGGCGGAAAGAGUCCAAAUAUUAUUCUCUCUGACACUGAUAUGGAUUAUGCUGUCGAAACUGCUCACUUUGGAUUGUUCUUCAAUAUGGGACAGUGUUGCUGUGCUGGUAGCCGCACAUUCGUUGAAGACAAGAUUUAUGAUGAAUUCGUUGAAAGGAGUGCUGAACGUGCUAAGAAACGAACAGUUGGCAAUCCAUUCGAUACAAACACCGAACAGGGCCCACAAAUCGACAAGGACCAACUGGACAAGAUUCUUCAACUGAUUGAAAGCGGAAAGAAACAAGGAGCCAAACUUGUAACUGGUGGCAAUCGCUAUCAAGGUCUUCCAGGCUAUUUCGUCGAACCUACUGUAUUCGCUGAUGUUAAAGAUGAUAUGCAAAUUGCACGUGAAGAAAUUUUCGGACCUGUACAACAAAUCAUCCGAUUCAAGUCCCUCGAUGAGGUCAUUGAACGUGCGAAUAACAGCGAAUAUGGUCUAGCUGCCGCUGUGUUCUCGAAGAACAUCGAUAAAGUCAACUAUAUUGUUCAAGGAUUGCGUGCUGGAACAGUUUGGGUGAACACAUACAAUGCUUUUGGAUCACAAACUCCAUUCGGCGGUUACAAGAUGUCUGGACAUGGACGUGAGAACGGCGAGUAUGCAUUGAGCAAUUACACUGAGGUGAAGAGCGUUGUUGUUAAAAUCCCACAAAAGAACUCAUAAAAAAUCGAAAUGCUGGUGAAAUAAAUGCUUUUUGUUAAGACUUUGUUGAACGACUUGCGAAAUUCGCUCGGCACUAAGUUUGCUGAGAUAUGUGGAUCAUUUUGGAUUGGAUAGUCGUUUAGCAAAGCGGCACUGAUGUAUAUCAAAAUCAUCACAUCACAUUCAAUGUUUUUCGUCCAUGUAAACUGUUUUUUAAUAAGGAUCGAUGUAAGCGCACACAAGUCUGUAAUAUUAUACUAAACUCUACCUUUUUCUAAUUUUGGUAAAUAUAUAAAUGAAAAUGGUA